AACCAGGAAAAGGGACGGUAAAGGGAAAGUCAAAGGCGGUGAAGUGGGAAAAACGUCUCCUGAUCUGGCCUGGUUACAUAUCGUCGUUAAUAAUCUCUUACCCUUUGUCCCUCUUACCAUCGUAUCUCUUUGUAAAUCUUACCACGAAGAGACUCCAAGGCGAUGUGGACCAGACGCGGCCUGGUCUGGCUGCUGUUGCUGGUGACACUGUUCACCGCGGGCCAGAUCGAUGCCAAAAAGAGCAGCAGUAGCUCAGGGAAAGGGGAUGAUGUCAAGGCUGGAGCCAAGGAACCGGUUAUUGAGGAGGUCACUUCGAAGCAACUGGAGAGGCUGCUGAACGACAAGGAUUUUGUAGCUGUGUUUUGGUAUGCAAGGAGUUGUGUGACGUGUGACAAGGUGCUGGAGGAGUUGGAGAAAAUCGACGACGACACUGACAAGUUCGGAGUUGACUUCGUCAAGAUAAACGACAAACGACUCGCCAAGCAGUACGGCAUCAAGAACUUCCCGGCUCUGACGUACUUCCGCGAGAAAGAACCGAUCAUUUACGAUGGAGACCUUAUGGACGAAGAAAAUGUUUUGGAAUUCCUCACGAGUUUGGAAGCAAUGGAUUUGCCCGACAGGAUAGAAGAAGUCAAUGCCAAAAUUCUCGAAAAAAUUGUUGAGGACACAGAUUACGUGGCUGUUCUAUUUUGUCCGAACGAGGAAACUUGCAAGGGGCCCGGAAGCAAUAAACCAGAUUGCAAGAAAUGUGCUAAAGCUCUCCAGGAGUUGGAAAAUAUUGAUGACGAAGCUGAUCAAUUGGGUAUUGGCUUUGUGAAAAUACAUGAUGAGGAUUUGGCUGAUGAGUACAAUUUGGGAUCACUGCCUACUCUGGUAUACUACAGGCACCAGAUUCCAAUUAUAUAUGAAGGAGAGCUGAGCAAAGAAGAAGAUGUACUGGAAUGGUUGGUUGCUAACAAAUCUACUGGUGAUGAAGAAGAUGUCAUCGAAGAUGUAACUCGCAAAACUUUGCAUACAUUGAUUGGAAAUAUCGAUAACUUGGCUGUUUUGUUCUAUGAUCGUGAUGAUGAUGAAUCCAUGACCGUUCUCGAAGAGCUCGAAAAAAUUGAUGAUGAUUGUGAUCGCCACGGAAUCCAGUUCGUGAAAAUUGAUGACGACGCGGCAGCCAAAGAAUUCGGAAUUGAUGAUUUACCAGCAAUUGUUUACUUCGAAAAAGAAGUACCUAAUGUAUACGAUGGUGAUCUUGAAAAUGAAGAUGAAAUUUUGGAAUGGCUCGUUGAUCAAUUGGAAAAAGAUGAAAUUGAGGAUGUCACUGACGAAAUGCUUGAUCGUCUGAUUAAGGAAGGGAAGACUAUUGCUGUACUGUUUUACGACAACAACGAUCGUAAAUCCCAGCGUGUUUUGAACGAACUCGAAAACAUUGACGAUGAAUGUGAUGUAUUGGGCAUCUUGUUUGUCAAAAUUGACAAUGAUGAGGAAGAAAAAGAAUAUGGAAUCGAGAAAGUGCCAGCUUUGUUGUACUUCGAAAAAGGCAUUCCAACUAUUUAUGAAGGCAACUUGGAGGAAGAGGAAAAAGUUUUGGAGUGGCUUGAUAAGCAACAGCAUUCUGAUGAAAUUGAAGAUGUCACGGACGAGAUUCUGGAUGGAAUCAUUGAGAAAAUGCAGCACGUCGCUGUUUUGUUCUAUGACAAGGAUCAAAAGAAAAGUCAGAAAGUCCUCGGCGAACUGGAGAACAUUGACGACGAAUGUGACCAGAAUGACAUCGCCUUUGUGAAAAUCGAUGAUGAUGAUGAAGCUAAAGAAUAUGGUAUCGACAACUUACCAACUUUAGUCUUUUUCGAGCGAAGGAUUCCUCAUGUCUACGAAGGAGAUCUCAUGAAUGAAGAUGAACUGCUGGGUUGGAUGUUGCAUCAGAAGAGACACAGUGAAAUUCCCGAAGUGACUGACGAGAUGAUGGACAAGUUGAUUGAAAAUACGCCUUAUCUUGCCGUUAUCUUUUAUGACAAAGACGAUAAGCAAGAUAUGAGAAUUCUGAACGAAUUGGAAAAUAUUGACGACGACCUCGAGAAAGAAAACAUCGUCAUAGUCCGUAUGGACAAUGAUGCUGAAGCCAAAGAGUUUGGAAUAGAUCAUUUGCCAACGUUGGUCUAUUUCGAAGACAAAAUCCCAGCCAUUUACGAAGGUGAUCUCAUGAAUGAGGAUGAGGUACUUGCUUGGCUCAUUGAACAAAAAAAUACUGCCACUAUUGAAGAAGUCACUGACGAAAUUUUGAAGGAACUCAUUGAUGACCAUGAAUAUGUUGUCGUAUAUUUCAGCGGCAAAUGUGAGGAAGGUGAGGAAUGCGAUAAUAUCUUAGAAGAGUUGGAAAAUAUUGAUGAUGAACUUGAUGAAACGGGAAUAAUAUUUGUCACAACUGAAGACACAACUUAUGCAAAGACACUCGGCUUGAAGAAAUUCCCUCAACUCGUGUUCUUUAGGAAUAAGGAUCCUCUGGUUUACAAAGGAGAUAUUGAUGACGAGGACGAAGUAUUGUCCUGGCUUACUGAUGAAGAUACUUUGGAAAUCCCUGACAAAAUUGAAGAAGUCAACUCACGCAUGUUAGAGAAGAUCCUUGCAGAAAAUGACCACAUUGUAGUAUUUUUCUAUAAAGAAGGAGACAAAAAAUCCAUGAAAAUCCUAAGCGAAUUGGAAAAUAUUGACGACGAGUGCGAAGAAGAAGACAUCGAUUUUGUGAAAACUUCUGAUGAUGGUAUUGACAAAGAAUAUGAUUUGGACAGUUUACCAGCAUUAGCAUUUUAUAGACACAAAUUCCGUACUAUUUAUACCGGUGAUUUGAUGAACGAGGAUGCAAUUUUAGAGUGGAUCUUGGAUCUCCAAAACUCAACUCCUGAUGUCAUUGAAAGCGUUGAUAGAAAAACGUUGCAAGUUCUGAUCAAUGAUGUUGAACAUCUUGCAGUCUUCUUUUAUAGUGACAAAUGCGCCACAUGUCCAGCAAUUCUCGAAGAACUUGAGACCAUCGAUGAUGAUACUGAUGAAUUGGGAAUUCAAUUUGUCAAAUCCAAGGAUGCCAAAUUGGCAGCAGAAAUUGGUAUUUUCAGUUUUCCAGCUUUGGUAUUCUAUGAAACUGGGGUGCCCAUCAUGUUUGACGGUAAUCUUGAAGAUGAAGACACAGUUUUGAAAUGGAUGAUUAGUCAAAAGGAAGAUGCAUCGAUUGAAGAUAUUGAUAGAGAAAAGUUGUUCAAAUAUAUUGAGACAAAAGAGUUUUUGGCUGUUGUUUUCUAUAAAGAAGAUGAUCCUGAAAGUCCACGAGUUUUGCGUCAUAUCGAACUUAUUGACGAUGAAGCUGCUGAAUAUGGAAUUAAAAUUGUUCAAACCAGUGACAGACUUAUGGCUAAAAAAUAUGGAUACAGAAAUCCACCAGGAAUUACUUAUUUCAGAAAGGGUAAAUAUAUAAACUACGAUGGAGACGUUGAUGAUGAAGAAGAAUUACUGGAUUGGUUGACAAAUCCAGAAAAUAUGGAACUCACCGAUCACAUCGAGAGAGUAAACAGAAAAAUGUUCCACAAAAUCAGGCAAACUUCUGAUUAUCUGGCAGUAUUUUUCUACAGUAAUGAUUGCAAGCAAUGUCCAAAAGUCUUGGCAGAAAUCGAACACAUUGACGACGAAGCAGACAGUGCUGGAAUAAAUUUUGUGAAAAUUGAUGACAGACAAAUGGCCAAGGAGUAUGGAGUUUUUGCCCUACCAGCUAUUUUAUUCUUCAAAAUGGGUUCUAAGGAACCUGUUAUUUAUGCAGGUGACCUUUACGACGAGGAACAAAUUUUAAAUUGGUUGAUGAUCCAACAAGAUCCUUCUGGUGAAGUAAUUGAAGCUUUUGAAGGAGAAAGCUUAUUGGAACUUAUAGAAGAAUCUAAAGCCUUAGCCGUUUACUUCUGGAACGAAACGUUCUGCGAAAUGUGUGUAGCCAAACAGUCGAAGGCGAGGAAGAGAGGACUGCAGUGCCGCCUGGAGGCGGCCAGCCAGGAACGAGACAGCGAAGAAGAAGUCGACUUCGGUCCCGAAUGCGAAGAAUGUACGAGUAUUUUGAACGAACUAGAAAAUAUUGAUGACGAUUGCGACAGGCACGGAAUAAAUUUUAUCAAGACUCAGGAUAUUAAAAUUGCUGAAUAUUAUGGAGUUACUGAUUUUCCAGUUUUGGUUUACUUUGAAAAUGCCGUGCCUAAUGUUUUUGAAGGAUCACUUUCGGAGGAAGAAGAAGUACUUCAAUGGCUAAUUACACAAAAAACUGAAGACAGAAUUGAAAUGAUUACCAGAGAGAUGUUAGAAAGGAUGGUCGAGAAUACGCAGUAUUUGGCGGUGUACUUUUAUAAAUCAAAUUGCAAUAUUUGUGACGUAAUAUUAGAAGGAUUGGAAAAAAUUGAUGACGAAUGCGAUGUCUUUGGAAUACACAUGGUUAAAAUUCAGGAUCCUCAGUUGGCAAAAAGAUAUUCCAUCAAAACUUUCCCUGCGAUGGUGUAUUUCAGGAAUGGAAAUCCUCUACUUUUUGAAGGAGAUCUUCAAAAUGAAGAAUCAGUUUUGGAAUGGCUGAUUGAUGAUGAUAAUCGCGAACUGGCUGAUGAAAUUGAGACAGUUAAUGAGAGAAUGCUGGAACGAUUACUUGAUGAAUCAGUAUUACUGGCAGUCUUUUUCUAUGAUGACGAUUGUCCGGAAUGUGAAGAAAUUUUGGAAGAAUUGGAACAAAUUGACGGAGAGGCUGAUUUGUUUGGAAUUGACUUUGUGAAAAUUUCAAGUCCUGAAGCUGCUGAAAAAUAUAACAUAGUUAAUUUGCCAUCUCUGGUAUAUUAUCGUAAACGUGUCCCAAUGUUGUACGAUGGUGAUUUACAUCAACAUGAAAGUAUCCUUGCUUGGUUGACUUCUCAAGACGUUUUCGAAAUCAAAAAUGAAAUUGAAGAAGUCAACAAGAAAAUGUUAGAUAAACUUCUCGACGAGAACGAAUUUUUGACAGUUUUCUUCUAUGAGUUGGACCACGAUGAGAGUGAACAAGUGUCGGCCAAAUUGGAAAAUAUCGAUGGGGAACUUGAAAAUUUGGAUAUUACUUUUGUGAAAAUGUCAGAUGCCAGAUAUGCCAGAAAAUGGGGUGUCAUAAAAUUGCCUGCGAUAGUUUACUUUAGGAAACGGUUUCCAAGUAUAUACAGAGGUGACAUGUUGUCAGAAACCGACGUCCUCGAAUGGUUAAGGAAAAACCGUUUUAGACAACCAGAAUUGAACAUUUUCAUGUAUGCCCUGAUAGCUAUUUCGAUAGCUUUUGUGAUCUAUACAGCUUUUCUGCUCCAGUGCUUCAGGACACCUCCUCCUGCACCUCCUGCCAACCCGAAGCAAUCGUGAAACCAGAACCAGUAAAUAAAUAACUAACAUUUAAAGAAAGGCCAUUCGAAGAUCAUUCUA